GUUUGAGUGGCAUUUUAAUGAAUUAUUUACCUGGCACCCUGUUUCAGUUGAGUAGGAUGGUGAAGUAAAGCUCUGGACUUUUGAUUGUUGGAUAUCUGUUUUUUUUUUUUUUUUUUAGUUUUAAAUCUGACUGAAUCAGUGCUUAUCCUGCUGAGUUUGAAUUGUCUUACUGCUGAACAGUUUGAUAAUUUUUUUUAAAUCAGAUUUACAAAACCUGCACAUGAUGCACAAGAUGUCGGACGACAAGAGCAAGAAACAAACUGCUAUGAAUUGCUGUACUGAGCCAGUCAAUUAGUUAGUCCUAAGUACGACUUUCAGCCAUGUGGUCACUACCUCUCCUUCGUUACACCGAUGUUCCACCACGAGUGACGGAGAGCUUCAUUUUGUCAGGUUACCGCUUCCCUGACUACAGCCUCCUACAGUGCCUGGUCUCGGCAUUCCGUCCUACCAAUGAGACCGGAAACUUCUGGACUCACUUCCUCCCAAUAUUUAUCUUCGGUUUUCAGUUUAUAGAGAUAUUUGAGUGGGAAGGAGCCCCAGCCCCUGGGGAGCCCUUCUUUUACCCAGCCUGGAACUAUUUCUUUGGGGUUCUCUAUCUGCUGCUGGCCAGCAGUAUGGCUCAUCUCCUCAACUCCAUGUCACUGAUCAUCAGAGAGAUCUGCUUCUUUGUGGAUUAUGGAACCAUCAGUGCUUAUACUGUUGGCUCUUCUUUGGCUUACUAUUACUACAUUUACCCACAGGCAGGGAUACCAAUGACUGGGCUUGGGACACCGAAUGUAUCAGAGACACAGUCAAAGAAGGAAGAGGAGCCUCCCUUGGCUCCAUCUUCGAACUCUUUUUUCUCUCUCCUGCAUUUCCACCCAUUUUUUGAUAGCUUGUACAUCCCCUGCUCCUGCCUGGUGGCCAUCGUCUGUGUGUUAACCUGUUGCAACACCAGACAGCAGUGGAGGAAGUACCGCUAUGCUGUGCGCACCUUCGUUUUCCUUCUGCCCUUCUUCAUUUCAUCCACACCAAUUUUCUACCGGCUCCUCAGCCCGUCACCGUAUCCUCCUUCCUGUCAGAUGCCUUCUUCUUACCCAUCACCUACAAUGGCCACCUUCUUCUAUCGCCACUGCUUCUGGCUGGUGGUGUCUGCAGCCUUUAACAUUAGCAAGAUCCCAGAACGUUUUUAUCCAGGAAAGUUUGACAUCUGGGGGCACAGUCAUCAGUGGUUCCACUGCUGCACCUUCCUCUCCAUCCUUGAUGAACUCCAUAUGAUCAAGGUAGAGAUCCGAGCCCUGCUGCUUCACCCUUCCUUGGUUAUAGCACCCACCACAAUUCCCCACCUUCCUGGCCCGACUAUCUUCUCCACCUUUGGGCUGAUGCUGCUGCUACAGGGGUGUAUAGCUUCUAUUAUUGUAUGGUUUGGGUGGUGUGCACACCAGAUUUAUGGUCCUGUGCAGAAAGGCCUAAAGGCACACUGAGUGGAGCCAAGCCAGAAACUCCGACGUAUUUGGUCUGACAGAAUUAUUGGUGACAUUGUUGCUGACAGUACCCAUUAUUUAAUCACACAGGACAAGAUUAAUUAUUUCAUUUACCAUUUAUUACCCUGGGAUGCUACAGUUGUGGCCACUACGCACAAUUCAAUAUUGAUAUGGGGAUGGCGUGGCUGUUUUUCUUACCACGUUAGCACUUACAGAGCGUUCAAGAAUCAGCAGAUAAUUCAAUCCUAAGGGGAUUCACCAAACAAACAAGCAUGUAAGGCUUUCCGAGUCUCCUAGGGGGACUUGCUGAUUCUCUUUGCUGGUAUCUCUUACAUACACACGCACACAUACGCACUUCCUCCCCUUUUUAAACAGGAAGUAAAGGAGACGAAAAACUUCAACCAUAGUCUUUUAGCACAGAGGAAAUGAGAGCGCCGCGGCUUUAGUGUUGAUGAAAAUGUACUCGAACAGUGCACAAUUUUAAACCCAUGGUUUAAUGCAGCUAUACUUCAACCUGCUCUCUCUGCACUGAAACUGAAAGCUGAAUAAUGCUAAAAAGUAAUGUUAAAAAAUGCUACUGUUAAUAUAAAAAAAUCAUAUACUACUGAAUAAGGAUCAAGAUAAAAAUCUCUGCUUAUUUAAUAUUGUAACCUAUGCAUGGCUCUUGAUUGUACUUUUAGGUGCAUUGUUUAAAUUAGGAGAAGAAGGGAUGUGGUGAGCAUGGAGAUUUAUAAGUUCAGAUGAAGAAAAAGAAGCCAUAACAUAGUUUCGUAGACAUAUCAACAUGAUUUUUAGUAGGGUUUCCCAUUGGUGAGCUGAAUUUGCACAUAAUCAACCAGUUGCUUUCGGAAAUAGUGCACUAAAGGGCAUUUCAGUGAUUACGAGUGCUUUGCCUGUUGUUUACUUAAUUACAAAUCCAUUAUUAAUGUUACAUUACUCCUUUGUAGACAACAAUCUCCCUAGUUCUACCAGUGCCCUUCUUUCCAUCACUUACCUCUUGCAGCUGGUUCUGAAUAUUACUUGAACCCAAAAGAAAGCGUAAAAUAUACCACUGUGACAAACAAGUGCUUAGAUGUCAGUGCUAGACUUGUUUCGGCCUGUGUACAGUAAUAAUUCCUUGGCAAGAGUGCACAUCUAAGAUUAGAUUCCCUUCUUACAUGCUUCUCAUUGUCAGUACAUGUAUGUAGGGAAAAAAGACUCGAACUGAAAUGCUUCCUGAAUGCAGGCCUUGGUGCAUAUAAUCUCUCCCCACUCGGUACACAGUUACUGCAUGCUACUCAGCAUUCUGUCAUAAAUCUGUCAUUACAAAAUCUAAUGCUGUGUUAUGUCUGGAUAAAACGUCAGUGAUACCUUUAUGAUAGACUGUAGAGAGAAGCCUUGCCAGUAACGGUUACUAUGAGUACAUUUUCACAGUUUAAAAGACUAAUGUUUAUAAAAUAGAAUAUAAGUUAACAAUGUGUGUAAAUCUCAAUUCUGAAUGUGCCUGCUAUAUUUGCUUCAUUCAUUUAUGACUCGAUAAUGAGUCAGUGGUGAGUGAGGCGUUUCUGUUGUGCACUGGAAUAUUUUGCCUCUAUUGGCUUGCACUUAUUGGGAUUUUCUAUGUAUAUGGUGCAUGGAAUAAAUCAUGACGGGGUGUGCUGUUAUAGGAAAAUAAUCAAUGCCGUGGUGGUAUGAAGUGGAGCGCUGUUACCACCCCAAAGCUGAAUAUUUUCCAAUAAAGCAUGUUCUGAAGUGUUUUAUACCUCUUAUACCACAGCGGUUGUCCAAUGAUUAAUGGCACCUUAUGUUAUAGUAUGUUACAGUGUUCAACCAUACAAGUCCCUGUUACUAUAGAAAUGAUAACAAAUUAGAACAAGUUCAUUAAAAUAAACCCAUCAUUUGAAUUACAGCAGGUACUAUUGUCAUAGCUCUGCUGUUAUAGAAAAUUGAUCAACACUUUCCGACCAAUCAGAUUCAAGAAUUCAAGAAAGCGCUGUGGUAUACGUGUCAUUAUAUAAUGGUCUGUCCUAUUUCAGUAGACAUUUCAUAUCCUCCUAGUUCAGGUUAUACUAUACUUCAUGAAUCCAAUGUUAUUUAUAGUACAUUUAUGAUUAAAGUAUGUCUUUACUGUGUAUGUCUAUGCCAUGAUAAACACAAAUUUCUUAUGUAUCACAAAAUGUGUGGUAGCACCAGCUUUGUGUAUAGACUUCAUUAUGCUAACUCUUCAAGAAUAUACUUUUGCUUAGAAAGCCUACUGUCCUUUCCCACAAUAAUAUUGCUAGUUAAUAUAGGUAAUAUAUUGUGAAGAAUAUCAUUUAGCAUCUGGUGCGAGUGUGUGCAUCCAACUUCAAUGUUAUCCCUCGUUCUGCAAUCUAUUUAACAUGACAGAAAGACCUCAUUCUUAAAACAUGUGAAAAUAAUGCAGCUGAAACAGAAUAGAAUUAGUGUUAAUAUGUUUGUAUCAAUUCCAUCCUAAUGUUAUCACUACAGACAUAUAUAAUACUCUGUAGGGAAAUCUAGAUAGUGCGUACAUUACAUUAGAUGAUUAUAGAUGUGUAAUAGUCAUUUAUAAAGGUGUCUGAUGUAAAGUGAUUCGACCUGACAGAUGCAGUUACAGAACCACUAGACUCAACCAGUCCUAGUUCUCAGGGUUAAACAAAAAGGCAGGAUUGUGAUCUGACGUUCCCGGACACGCUAUGCUUCAUGACUGAUUUUGAUUCAGUCUUAUUUAUGAUUUACAUAUGUAGAUCAUUCUACUUCUAUCUUAAUGACUGAGAUAUAGUUAUUCAACUAUAGAUUAAGAGUUAAUAUAAUUGUAUGAGUAGAUUGUUAUUCCUUUUCACUGUAAUCAAAGACUAUUAUUAGAAAUGAAUAAAUUUAACUUCCUGGAUCAACAA